AUGGUCAACUCUAUCGAACUCGCCUUCGGAAUCGACCGAAUCCUCCGAUGGGAGGAAAUCAAAUACGCCGCUGCUGUGCCUCUCAUAACCAUUCCCUGUCUCGCUCGACAACUCAUCAAAUCUGUGGAUGUUCCUCUCCAACAAAAGCAAGAAUCAAUUUCGCCAAAAGAAAACCUUCAAAAUUCACUCAACAGUCGAAACCGCCGCACUCAAUUCAACUCGCUCCAGCUCAACCACCUGGAAGAAGUCUUCAAGACGACCAAGUACCCUGACCGACAUCUCCGCGUCAAACUCGCUCAAAUGAUGAAGCUUGAUGCUAAAUCAAUCCAGUACUGGUUCCAAAACCGACGAAUCAAGCUCAGAAAGGCUCGAGAGCAAGCCGCUUCUGAGCACUCGAACAUUUCUAGUGAUGAAUUUUCCGACUGCUAA